UGAAGUGACAAACGCGCAAGAAUCAAUCACUUUCUCGGUGCUGGAGAAGAAGAAGAGGGAAAAAAAAGAGAGAGAGAGAGAGCAAGAGAGAGCGAGAGAGAGAGGUGGUGGGGGAGCUUUUUGCAGAUCUCAACACUAUUGGAUGUCUGUGUGUGUUUUCCCUCCCGUUCAUAGUGCCGCACCCUGAACCUCCCACAUCUACAUCCUCACUCUGCACGGCACAGAUAGAUAUUUUUAUUUUUACUUAAUUUCCGGCAGCAGCUGGAGCGCAGGAAGGACGACGCUUCGGCACCUUCCCGGACAGGUUUGGAGCCAGAGAUGGGAGAGGAUCCGCGGCUAUGACACGGACACACCGGGCGGGAAGGAUGGCUCUCACCAGCCGGGAGAUGUUAGGCUUGAUCGGAAGCGCCUGUCUCUGGCUGCCGCUGUUUGCGGAGAUGGUGGCUCAGGACAGCUACCUCAACGAAGUGCAGAACUCAGUGCCUCUGUCUUGCUCUGAGGGAUUCACCGAGUUGGGAUACUACAACGGCACCGUGUCCCAGACGGAUUCUGGCGCCCCGUGUCUGAAGUGGACUGAGUUUCCAGACUAUGUCAUGCAGUACCCGGGCCGCGGCCUGGGCGACCACAGCUACUGCAGGAACCCAGACCGAGAGUCCAACCCCUGGUGCUUCUUCAGGCAGAACUCAGGCGCUAUCGGCUGGGCUUAUUGCGACUGCCACCAAGGGGCAGUUCGUCUGGUUGGCAGCUCGUCCUCCGAUAGCGGGCGGGUUGAAGUUUACCUGAAUGGCCAGUGGGGGGCGGUGUGCAACUCCCACUGGACAGACAGAGACGCGACUGUUAUCUGCCGGCAGCUGGGCCUAGGAGAUAUUGGUACUGCGCUGCAGYUCUCCCAGUUUGGCUCAGGCUCUGGCCUCUUCCAUUAUGAACGUCUGGGCUGCCGUGGAGACGAGGACGCCCUGAGUAAAUGCCGAAGCAGGACGUUCGUCACCGGUGACUGCAGCCAUGGCAACGAGGCGGCCGUGGUGUGUGCGCCACCUGAAGGUAGCGGCCCUCCGCUGCGUCUGGUGGGAAGCGAGGAAGACUUCGAAGGUCGUGUGGAGGUUUUCCACGCGGGCCGGUGGGGCUCUGUCUGUGACGACCAGUGGGAYGACAGAGACGCCGAGGUGGUGUGCAGACAGCUCGGUUACGGGGGUGUGGCGAAGGCCUGGUCGUGGGCUCACUUCGGGCAGGGAUCAGGCCCCAUCCUGCUGGAUGCCAUGAAGUGCACAGGUAACGAGCUGUUCCUGGAUCAGUGCCCCCACAGCGACUGGGAGCAGCACAACUGUGACCACAUGGAGGACGCUGGGGUCUCCUGCAGCCCUUAUACAGGUUACAGCUCAUACAGUUCCCCUUAUCUGCUCUUCUUCCUCUCUGCAGUGCCUCUGUCUUGCUCUGAGGGAUUCACCGAGUUGGGAUACUACAACGGCACCGUGUCCCAGACGGAUUCUGGCGCCCCGUGUCUGAAGUGGACUGAGUUUCCAGACUAUGUCAUGCAGUACCCGGGCCGCGGCCUGGGCGACCACAGCUACUGCAGGAACCCGGACCGAGAGUCCAACCCCUGGUGCUUCUUCAGGCAGAACUCAGGCGCUAUCGGCUGGGCUUAUUGCGACUGCCACCAAGGGGCAGUUCGUCUGGUUGGCAGCUCGUCCUCCGAUAGCGGGCGGGUUGAAGUUUACCUGAAUGGCCAGUGGGGGGCGGUGUGCAACUCCCACUGGACAGACAGAGACGCGACUGUUAUCUGCCGGCAGCUGGGCCUAGGAGAUAUUGGUACUGCGCUGCAGYUCUCCCAGUUUGGCUCAGGCUCUGGCCUCUUCCAUUAUGAACGUCUGGGCUGCCGUGGAGACGAGGACGCCCUGAGUAAAUGCCGAAGCAGGACGUUCGUCACCGGUGACUGCAGCCAUGGCAACGAGGCGGCCGUGGUGUGUGCGCCACCUGAAGGUAGCGGCCCUCCGCUGCGUCUGGUGGGAAGCGAGGAAGACUUCGAAGGUCGUGUGGAGGUUUUCCACGCGGGCCGGUGGGGCUCUGUCUGUGACGACCAGUGGGAYGACAGAGACGCCGAGGUGGUGUGCAGACAGCUCGGUUACGGGGGUGUGGCGAAGGCCUGGUCGUGGGCUCACUUCGGGCAGGGAUCAGGCCCCAUCCUGCUGGAUGCCAUGAAGUGCACAGGUAACGAGCUGUUCCUGGAUCAGUGCCCCCACAGCGACUGGGAGCAGCACAACUGUGACCACAUGGAGGACGCUGGGGUCUCCUGCAGCCCUUAUACAGAUGGCGUGGUGCGUCUGGUUGGAGKCGACACUCCCUGGGAGGGUCGGGUGGAGGUGUUUCACAACGGCGACUGGGGGACGGUGUGUGACGACCACUGGAGCCAGCAGCAUGCAGAGGUGGUCUGCAGACAGCUGGGAUACAGGGGUCACGCUGAGGUCGUAGUGGACGGGAUGUUCGGGGAGGGCGUCGGUCUGAUCCUCCUGGACGACGUCCACUGCGAGGGAUCCGAGACUUCCCUGCUGGACUGUCGCCAUGGGAUCUGGGGUCGGACGGACUGCUCCCACAGCGAGGACGUUGGCGUUCGCUGCAGAGGAAGAUCAAGCCAGGAAACCAACGAAGUGCCAGUUAUUGCACCUUCAACAGGACCCCUGGUGCGUCUCGUGGGCGGCGGCAGCAGGAAGGAAGGUCGAGUCGAGGUGUAUCUCCAUGGAGACUGGGGAAGUAUUUGCGACUCAGGAUGGAAUGACCUCAACGCCGCCGUGGUGUGCAGACAGCUUGGACACAGUGGUGGAGCAGUAGCAGCUAGAGGGUUCGGUCAGGGGAAAGGGCCCAUCCAUCUGGACCAGGUCAGGUGCACCGGGAAGGAGGAGUUCCUGGGCGAGUGCCCUUCACUCGGYCUGAACGUCCAGGGCUGCAGACGCAGGGAAGACGCAGGGGUGAAGUGUGACGUUGAGCCGCGGAGGUCGGCUGCGAAGACCAAACCUCAGGACGAGAGCUGUGGGAUGAGGAAGCUGGUGGAGGACGAGGGGAAGACAGGAAGUCAGAGAGACGGCAGCACGCUCAGGACGACGUGGCCCUGGCAGGUGUCGGUGUGGCUUCACUCUCAUGAGGGAUCCGGCGGGCCUCUCUGCAGCGGGACUCUGGUCAGCCCCUGCUGGGYGCUGACGUCUGCCUCCUGCCUCAGCAGGUUCGGCAGCGACCCGUCCAGGUACGUGGUUCGCGUCGGGUCGUCGGAGCAGACUCUCAAACCAGAGCACGUCGUGGUUCACAGGAAGUUCAAAGGUCAGAGUGGAGGCCACGAYCUAGCGAUGCUGAGGCUGCCCAGCGCUAAGGGCCACUGCGUGACGUUUGAGGCGAACACAAACGCAGCCUGUCUACCUGCUGCCGACUCUGCUACAGGGGCGAAAACGGGGUCAUGUGUUGUCAUGGUUACCACAAGCUGGACUGGACCGGACUCAGUCAUCGCUUCCUGGGUCGCUCUGAUGUCGUCAUGGCAAUGCAAGAAGCGCUUCGGUAACAGUUUCUCCAGUCACGGCACGCUGUGCGCCGGCAGUCCGCCGGACACCAGCCUCCUUCACGGCGACGGUUGCCAGGGCAACUCCGGUGGCGGCCUGCUGUGCCAGGAGGAGUCAGGCCGAUGGGUCGUGGCUGGGGUCGUCGCCGGGGGCUACGGCUGCUCCGACCCGUCCUCCCCGGCGCUGUACACCCGGGUGAGCCGCUUCAGGAGCUGGAUCGACGAGGUCAUCGACACGCACGGGCGUCUGGAGGAAACGCGCGCACCCGCAGCGACGCGGAACGAGCCCACACACACCGAUGAUGACAUUUCACACGAUGAACACUUCGACACACACCAAGAGCUCAAACACAAACACACACACACUCAUCAGCAGCCCGGCUUCAAGAACACACACAUGUUCCACACAGAGGAUGCAGACAAAAACAAACAGAUGGAGGUCUGAUUGAGGCCGUGCCAUUGGCUACCACCUGUGCCACGUGACCACCCAGAGGGAGGAAGUAGCUUAGCAUUCAAGCAAUUUUAUCAACAGAUUUGAGGCAGAAAUUGGUGUGAAGUUUGGGAUGAUCCAGAUUAACAGCAUGAUAAUUAUCAGGGACAAAUCAGAACAGCAUGACAAAAACUAUCAGAGGGAUUUACUGAACAUGGUCACACAUUAAUCUAUGCUAAUCUAACUUAUUUGUCCUCUGUGUGAGUUAUUAGGAAAAUAGUGAAACUAAAUCAGAACAUAUUUAGGCUCUCUGUAAAAACCUCCACACCUCUGAAAUGAGUCAUGUAGAUAAUUCCCUGCAGCAGACCAGACUCGUCCCGGAUUAGCUUUUAUAUAAAACUUCAUGUGUGCUUAUACUUUUCAAACAGGGCUCAUUUCUUCAGGUUGUUGUCUUAAAAAGUUACAAGUGAAAGUGCCGUAGGUAAUUUAGCUGCUUAACUCAGGACCAUACCACUGCUUUAGCAUGCGCUGCUGUAUUUAUAACCUCUGACCUGCAACUUAGCCCUAACUAAGAUGAAAUAAUUAAUGGUUGUUGGUGUCUUAGUAAGGGAAGCGUAUGAUAAUAUUAGCGGCUAUAACCUUUAGCAUAAAGUUGCUGUCUGCUCUGGCGUUCAUCCACCACAAGRGGAAGCUGCAGCGUAGAAUUGCUAAUCUGGAAAAGUCGGCUAAUUGUUUUCCAGGUCUGGAUAAAUAUGGAAAARUACUUGUAAUUUUUCCCUUCCAUUUUUUUUCCAUCUUUUGCUCACUCUUUCUUUCAUCCUUUAUCUUUUUUCCUCCUUCAGGAAAAAAGAUAAACUCCAGCAUUUAAGACUUCCUUCGCCAGUUCUUCCUGUUUGGUAGUUUGUUCAUUUCAUCCUUCCUYAAUUUUUUCCUCCCUCCAUUCCUGAAGUAUUCUUUCGUUCUCUUAUUCUUCUUUCCUUUCUUAGGUCGUCCACUUUUAUCCUUCAAUUCUUMCUUCUCUUAUCAAAAUUUUCCUUCCGUCUUUCCCUUCUUAGACUAUCUUUUUCUUCCUUUCUUUGCUCCUUCAUUUUUUGCUUCUCUGUCCUUCCUUCUUAGAUCAUCCUUUCUUUUGUCCUUCAAUCUGMCAUUUCUUCCUUCCUUCUUUCCUUCCUUUUUCUCUUUCUUUUAUUCUUCCUUCCUUCUUUCCUUCAAUAUUCAAAUUGCACAUUUAUGKACUAAAGGACAGAGAGUUGUUGUUGUUCUGGGCCCUUUUGCUGGACUCCUUAUAUUCCAGAUAAAUAAUGUGUAAAAACCCUGAUAUUUAUGGUGUUCAUUGAUUGUUCACCCUUCAAAUAAAAGAUAACAAACAAAUGCCACGCUCCCCUCUCAAGUUAAAGCCCUAAAGUGAUCAGAAACAGCAGCGUAGCAGCAUUUUUAUUUUCUUUCUAUAUUUAAAAGGAGCAAAAACACUGGUAUGGUCCUCUAAGCCUGUACAGGAAAUUAUCUCGUUUGAAAGCCAUUGGACGCCUUCCGUCAGGUGAUAAAUAUCCUUUUUGUAUCGCUCUAGACCUAUACGGUAGAUAGUUCCUCAGAUAGAUGGAUAGAUAGCUGCUGCUCCUGAGUUUAGAUAGUGUUAGAUAGCCAACCUGCAGAGGCUUUUUCUGUUACUCCCUGCGCAGAUGUGUGAUCCCACCAGAAGGGGGCGACGUUGCUGUAUUUUCACAGGGCGGCCCGCUGCCAAACGACCCGGCCCUGACGUUGUUUUUAUACGGUCGCAGUAAUAAGUGUACGGACUCGUGCUUGAUGUGCUGUGAGUCAUUGUGUCGUGAAGCAUCUUGUAAACUGUUACCGCCUGUCCUGCGCCUGUUGUUCUGGUCCUGGACAUAAAUCCACUCCUGCAGCCCCCCUCAGACUCAGUGGUCUCUUGUAAAUACAGUUUGUCUCGGAGAUGUGAGGCUGCAGGGUGAAUAAACUUGUGUUGAACCUAUCAGCUGCUCCCUGGUGUAAUGUGUUGAAUCAUGGUUGAGUAUUAAAGCAUUUACUGACUAAAACUUC